GGUUGUAUUUUUUUAAAAAUUGUAUAAAUCUCAGGUCUUUUACUUUUAAUUAACCGGCACUUUACCACCAUGACUUUGAAUAAAAAUCUAUACACAGAAGGUAAUUAUUCAACAAUGGCCGAAAUGAAACAAUUAGCUACGAAAUUAAUGCAGUGUAAAUCAUUUAAAGAGCGACAAGGACGUCUGAGUGAAUCACUCGAUCAUCUAUCAUUUGAGUAUCCUGAUAUAUACAUAAUAUUGUAUAGAGAGAUAAAAAGAAGAGAACUAGAAUCUAAUGAUCCAAAUAAAAUUACUAAAUGGUUAAGUAAUCCAACACAAAAAUCGUACAUCAAGCUUCAUGAGUCAUUGAUGAUGGUAAAAAAAAACAAUAUUAUGGCCAAAGAGGAGCUUAUAUAUAAUUUAAGUAGUAUGCUAAACCAAACAAUUGAAAAUGGUGCCAACUUAAAGGCAGCAUUGAAAAUAUGUCAUUUAAUUGAAAAAUCAACAAACUUGAAAAUAUUUCAAGAUGAUUUGAAACAUCUUAUAAGCCAAGUAAAUCAAUUGAAUAAUACACAACGCCAUAUGAAAAAAGAAUUUUUGAAAGAAAAAAUUUGGAAAAACAACUUCAAAACUUCUCAAACAGACCCUUUUCAACGAUUCAGUUUUCAAUCAGCUCAACAACAACAUAGCCGUGUUUGGAAAAAUGUGAUGCAACCAACAAAUCUUAAAUCUGAUUAUGUUCAACCACAUUUUAGUAUGGAAUGUUAUGGAUAUGAUCACCUAGAAAUGAUUGCAAAUGUCAACAGUGCUAUUGCCAUGAAUAAUUCACCAACAUUUAUCAACUUGACAAUUAUUAACCAAGAAAUGGAUGGAAUAGUGGCCAAGUGGCUUUACUACUUGAAACUACAUAAAUACCAAUGGUUCUUCAAUAGCCUCAGUUAUCUUGAAAUCAUAUCAAUCGAUGAAGACAAUAUUGAUGAUUUUAUAGCUAAAGUAAACAAAAAUUUUAUUACAAAAGGUGCACAAAAAAAAAUUUGUAUAUCAACAAAAAUGUUGCGAGAUCGGCCACAAAAGUUUAAUUACUUAUUAUUGGCAUUGGAUUUAGAAGUUACUCCAAGUGAAUUGUGUGAAUUCAUGUCAUACAUGCGAGACAUAUUACAUUAUCCCAUACCAAACAAGAAUUGUGUUGUUGAUGAUCAAUUACAACAAGACAUAGUUCUUAUCAUGGGAAAAUUUUUAAGUCAACUGUUGGAAAAACUAAGCAUGACCAAUUAUCUGGUUGCCCAGAGUCUAGUUGGAAUGUCCAUCAACAAAUAUUUAGAAAGCGCAUUGUUAAUUACUGGUAAUCAAAUAUUCACAAAACAACAAAUUGACACAACAUUGAUGUUUGCUGAAACCUUAAAAUAUAAAGUGCAUAGAAUUCCUAAAAACUUUAACUAA